GUUUUUCCGGCCGUUCCAGUCACCUCGCGGCAAGUAAAAUCUCGAAGGGCUCUACGCGAACUGUUUUUCAGGAGGGAUAAGGAUUCAGCCCAUCACUCUAUGUAUCGCAUUUCGGCAUUCGCAAUACCAUACAACACGACUGCCACGAAGAUCAACAACAUCGCUAGAGACUGACAAGUUCAGUACAGCCGCAAGUGCAUGGUAGCUGGCUGGGAUUGUACAAAACGUGGUUGUAGAAAUUCAUCAAGUUCAGCAAAUUCAAACUCCAUUUACUACCUGACAAAACGGGCGAGGGGAUUCAUGCACAUGUUCUGGUCAUGACAUGCGAGCAAAUGGUCACCGCGGCAAUUAGGCUUGAACGUUGAACCUCGCCGCUUGGUUCGAAAAACCGGGGCACGCUUAAGUAGCCCGCCAUUCUCGAUUCACUCAAGGCGCCGUUUCUUUCUCUCCUUUGUCCAUGUCUACAAGACAACUUUCCUCUUCUUCACCUCUGGGUGGCAACGAAAGCGAGGGCUGCAAGCGGCGGAGGUACCAAUUGAAGAAGUCGGUCGGAGAACAAGCUGUUUCUUUCCCUCCGUCAUCCUUGCCUACAAGGCCACUAUCUCACCCGUCAGCUCUGGGAGGUCACGAAAGCGAGACUUCCAAACGAUGGUGGUUCUUAUUGAAGAAGAGAAGGGAACAAGCAUUGGGGAUAUCGCAGGUGGUUUUGGAGACUGUGAAGGACGUAGCGGAUGUGGCACCGUCUGUGCCAUUUCUCAGAGAAGCAGCAGGAAUUACACUCGCGAUCCUUGGAGCUGUUGAGAGAAUGGUUAAGAACAAGCAGGACAUCAAGCUCUUAACAACUCAUGCUUGUGAAGCUAUCUACACUGUCCAACGUGCAACGGGAGGUCAAUGGGAUGGUCAACAAGCUGAGGACUGCCAGUUGAGAGAGAGUUUGGAAAAGUUCAAGGAAACGAUGUCCAAUAUUCAAGUAUUUGCCGAGGAACGGACGAAAAAGUCACUCUUGUUUCGUUUCGUUAUGUCCAACUCAGACCAGCAGGAGAUUGCUGAUUUUCGAACGCAACUCAAUCAUACAGUCAACCUAUUUAUCCUUCGGUUGAAUAUACGGUCUUAUGAUCUCUUAGUGGAGAUUCGGAACAAUACUCGCCACAUCUCUAGAUCUGCUACUCAAUUAUCCACCGACAUAUCCGCUGCUCAAUCACCUCUGCCGUCGCCAAUGGCCUCACAGUUUGGUGGGGUCCUCAAUGGACAUAUUUCCGGCACUGUGUCGGUCAAUAACGUGUCCGGAAAUCAGGUCCAUACUGUGAAUAACUCGUCGAACUCCGUGUCGAAUUCUGGGAAUAUUUAUACAAGGACGACUAUAGAGUCGAAUAAUAGAUUCAGUAUUUAG